AUGAAACCCUUCGUAAUUCUAUUCACACCGCUUCUAGUAUUCGAAAAAAUCAUAAAACUCAUGGAAAUUAUUGAUGUAUUCGAAUUAUCUCAAACAUCUAAUCGAGUAUUGGCUUGCAUCAAGUACUCGAGACGCCGAAUCCAACCGAUUCAGCUGCUUAAAGGUGAAAAGUGUUGGGCGAUCAGUGUUUUUGAGAAGAAAGAGGAGAAUGCCCAACUUGUGAUAAGACUGAAAACGGAGAAAGUGGGAAACGGUUUGAUGAGACUAUUGAAAAUGGAAGACUCAGUUUUACAUGUGUGUGAGAAAGAAGAGAAAUGCUUAACCUGCUAUCUCCCCGGUGACUCAAAAGAGGAAGAUAUCGAUAUGCACUUGGUGCACCUCUUCAACUAUCUAUCCGAUAUUUUCAACAAUAAGACUAUCACACUCUGGAUUCGACCAUUUCGAAUUAUAAACUCUCAUUUUUUGUUUUCGAAUCUUCGAUUCGAAAGAUGUCAAUUCGUCAAAAUUGUCGGCAAAGAACCUGAUAUUCUUUCGAAUGACGACGUUUCACGUCUGCUAGAAGUUCUGAAGCCAACGGUUGGAAUAACUUUAAACUGUCGUGUCGAGAAAGGUUUUCAGCCAGGAAGUCUCCUGAGCCUGCCACGACUUCUCCUAGCUAAUGCUAAAUGGUUCAGUUUUGAUGACUUGCUGAAAAUUGGAUGCGAGGUGGCAUGUCUUAAAAAUCACUCAUUCAUAGAGGAUGAUGUUAAAAAGUUUAUAAACCACUGGAUGGAUGGAAAUAAUACAAAAUUGAUGCAUCUCAGAUUAGAUGGUUUCAAUUUGACGCCAAAUUGGGGAGACAUUCUGGAAGGGAUAGAAGUGUGGGAUGAAGGAAAGAGUAGAAGACCCAAAAGUGUCAAAAACUCUAAAGACGGAGCGACCACUCUGCAACCACCGAUGGAUACCAAUGAUGUUUCGAUGACAGAUGUUACUGAUGAGAGCAACAAAGAAUUCCUUACGUCACUUUUUGAUUGUGAGGAAAAACCAGAUGAAAAAAUGCUGCGAUAUGCCGACUCUAUAAUAGAUGUUCAAAAACUGAUGUUCGAUGUAUCUCCCGAGACAUUGCAGUCCAAUAUUGCCGAAAUAAUCACGAAGUUUAUCUUGUUGUCUGAAGAGGGAUCAAAAACAGCGGCGUCUGGUCAUUCAUACAACUUCAUUGAAUCUAGUGAUGUUGUCGGAUGUCGUGAAGAAGAUGCCACCGAAUUUCUGCUGGCAACUUUCAUUCGCUGUAAUCAUGAACUUGGAAAAACCGACUCACAUUACUCGAAGAAGUGCCUUGAAGCUGCCAAGAGAGCCGUUCUUUCUGUAUUCAUUAUGAUUCAAAGAGGAUAUCUCGACGAUCAAGUUCGCAGUGAACAAGCCUCUCUAGUGUUCGUUAAACGUCUUUUGGAGGAUACCGUGGCGUUCAGUUUUAUCAAGUCUUUGGUAGAGUAUGCGGCAAGUCCAGAAGAUUGCGAUGAAGAUACCCUCAGCGACGUUUUCAAUCCGAUUUUCGGAAUUUUGAGAAGUGGAGUCAUCUGUCAACAUUUCGAAUUGAACAAUGAUGAAGUCUUUCAACAAAUUUUACGUGUUAUGAACUUAUUACUGAGUAUAAGAGUGGACACGAACGGACCUCGACCAUUAAGUGAUUUGCUUGUGAAUCGAGAAGAUUUCCUUCCUGUUCCUUCUGAGAAAAUAAAAGGAAGAGAGUUCGGUCUUAUGUCAUAUCUUGGUCCAUUCUUUGAAUAUGGUCUCGAAUCAUCAGCUAGACGUCCGAACAACCGUGUCUUCAUUGGUGUCGAAGAAGAUGCACGAAAAGCCGAUGGAUCAGUUAACAUCGAACAGAAACAAUAUUUCAAUAGAAUGAGCACUAUUCGGUCUCUGCUUCAUCAAGUGAUGUUUCCAUUAGCUGUUGAUCAAGCCAGUCGUAACAACACUUUGAAAUGGAUUGCCACUAUUAUAAGUUCAAAUAGUGAUCGUACUCGAACUCAAUACGAUCCGGCUGAUGUCGUCUGCGAUCAUUUUAUGUCAAACUUCCUAUCAGUCAUGUACAGAUUUUCCGAAAAGAUUGAUAUUUCAAAAAUUAUCAUGGAAUAUCCUUUCCUCCCUGGAUCACUUGUUGAUAUUUCGAAGGAAACUCGUAUCAAGAUGGACGAAUCUAGCGCUUUGGCGUUUGCUGCGCAAUUCGCUGAUCGACCAGUCGACUAUCACUUCUCUACAGUUUGCUUUUUCUUGACAAUCGCUGCUCAACAACUUGUAAUACCACCUCUUAUGACCCAAAUCAGUGACUAUUCUCGUCAUAUCAAAGAACUCAAAAACAAGGUGGCUGCCACCAAAGAAAAAUUGAAAACUGCGGUAGGAACCGAGAGGAAAGAGCUCGAACAGAAGCUUGCCCAGCAAGAAGAACACUGGAGACUGAUGUCUCGACAUUUGCUUUGUUGUAAGACUCAAGGACAAGAUCCAGCACUGAUGUCCUCAGCUUUGGACUUUGUGAAUAAGCAGAUGAAACUCGUGAUGAACGCUCUUUGUGAUAAUCUGAAUUUGAUGGGUGACGAUAGCCAAUUGCCUGCUGAACCGACACCAAUGUUCUGCGCAUAUCCACAAAACUAUAUUGAAGAUGUACUCGAUUUUUACAUAUUUGCUAUCUAUAACGGAGGAAAACUGCUCGUCGAGAGUAAUACUGAAUGGAUUCAACGACUCACUGUAAUGUUCACUCAUUAUCACUAUGUCAAGAGCCCUUUCCUUAUUGCUAAACUUGUUCGUGUUCUGACUGCUAUUCAGCCACCGCUGUGGUUCAACGUCGUCAGCCUCCGAAUGUCUCAAGAGAAAUUGUUAUUGUGUAUGAUCAGAUUUUACUCGGAUUUCGAAGAUAACGGAGAUUUUUACGAGAAAUUCAAUGUUCGCGGAAAUAUUCAGCAUAUGUUGGAGAAGAUGAGCGAUGAUGUGUUCUAUAAGACAAAAUUCAUGGAGAUGGCAAGAGAGUGUGGAUCCGAAUUCAUUCGUUUUGUCAACAUGGUCAUCAACGAUGCCACUUGGUGCAUCGACGAGAGUCUGUCUGGAUUGAAGAGUAUUCAUGAUGUUGAGAAGAAAAUGGCGAACAGAGAAGAAUGGGAAAGAACUGAUCAAGAGGCGCGAAAUCAGGAUCUUGGAGUCUACGAUGAGGCGAAACGUAAAGUGUCAGGAUGGCUGGGAACUGCCAAGAAUAAUUUGGGAUUGUUGCUCUCAAUCACCGAUAACUCGCCAGAACCAUUCCGCACACCGGCUCUCGGUGAACGUCUCGCUGCUAUGCUGAACCACAAUUUGUCCCAGUUGAUGGGUAACAAGUGCGCCGAGCUGAAAGUUCACAAUCCUAGUAGCUACGGAUGGCAGCCACGAGAGUUCGUCAUACAGCUCAUUUCGAUUUAUCUGGGACUUAAUGUUCCAGCAUUUGUGAAGUAUAUAGCAUAUGAUGAGAGAACAUACAGCCCAGACUUCUUCAAAAAUGUCAUCGAAAAAAUGAGGAAUAAGAACAUUUUGGGUGUCAGUCAGCUAGAACGUUUUGUACACUUGGCUGAAGAUGUACAAAAAGAAUACGCAUCUAAAGCAGAACUCGAGGAAGAGUAUGAUGAUGUGCCGGAAGAAUUCAAGGACCCAAUUAUGGAUGCAAUCAUGGUAGAUCCAGUCAAACUUCCAUCCGGACAUGUCAUGGAUCGCGCAGUCAUUGAACGCCAUCUUCUCAGUACACCCAAUAAUCCAUUCAAUCGUGCUCCGUUGGUUCAUAGUGAGCUGGUUCCAGAUGAUGAGUUGAAAUCGAGAAUACAAGCAUGGAUUGUUCAGAAGAGAAACUCCAAAAAAUGA